UUCUCAGUAACCAAAAGGAUCACAAUGGAUGAUUAUUCUGUCAUUGUGGAGGGAGAGUGGGGGCCUGAACAAGCUAAAAGUGUGAAAAACAAACUUCAGAUUUACUUUCAGAGUAAGAAGAAAUCUCAGGGGGGAGACUGUGUCGUGCAGUAUGAUGAUAAGAGCAACUUUGCUACGAUUCUGUUCCAGUCAUCUGACAGUCGAGAUGGUGUGCUCUCAAAGGCAGAACACAUUAUUAUCAUUGACAGUCAGAAAAUCAAGCUAAAAGUGAACAAACCCAGCACUGGACAAAAAACAGAGCAGGCAUGUGGAAAUCAGGACCCAAGCCGAGAUGGUGUGAUCUCCCAGAAGCAGGCAGGUGGAUAUGAGGAACCAAAAGAUCAAAGUUCCCCUCAGACCAAUGUGGAUCUGAAGAAGUCUCAGGAGUCGAGUGCUGUGGUCCUGGAGAAUCUUCCAGAUAAUUUUAAACAAGAGGUUUUGAUUCUUUUGGUGGAGAACAUCAGCAGUCUUUCUGAAUAUGACUUUAGCAUGGAAUUAAUACCAGAAAUAAGAAAAGCAGUUGUGACUUUCAAAAAUCCCAGUGGUAAGUUGCUCUAUUCCUCUAAAAAUAUAUUAUACACAACCCCAAUUCCACGUUUCCAUGGGACGUUUUGUGAAAUGCCAUAAAAUUAAGAAUAUGUUAUUUGUUCAUUCUCUUUAACCUUUAUUAAAUUGACUAAAAUGUAAAUAUAAACAAAUGUUGAUUUUUGCAUAACCUGUGUCAAACAAUCUUUCCUUUCAAUUACACAUUUGAAUCAUCUGGAAAUUAGGUAUGCUAUUUACUAUACUUUGCAAGCAAAAUUUUUACCCAGUCUUCUUUGAUACAGGACUUCAGCUGCUCAGCAGUCCAUAAUCGUAGUUGUCUGAUUCUCCUUUUCAUGAUGGCCAAAUACACACGUCUACUGAAUGCAGUUGUGAACUUCUCAUUAAAGACUUUAUCUUGA